AUGGAUUCUCCGGCAUCAGUUGAGUUCUCAAAGCCCAGAUUCUGUCUUGCUUUCUUCCUCCUCUUCCUGUUUCUUAAUCUUCCUUGUGCCCUAAGCAACCGCAAAACCGGUUUAUGUGACCGCUUGUUCGAGUGUGGGAACAUCACAGCAGGUUUCCCCUUCUGGGGAGGGAACCGCUAUUUUCAUUGUGGACAUCCAUUGCUGAGACUCGGAUGCAAAAAUGAAUCAAACACCACCUUUUUGGAAUUCUCAGGCGUUCUGUACGAUGUCCUCGACAUCGAUCUCUCGUCCAAAACACUUGAACUCGUCCGGGAAGAGUUUACUUCCGGCAGCACUCUCUGUCAGUUGCUCUACGACACGUUGCCUCCUCAACUCUUUGAGCAUUCUCCUCCUUACAAGAACCUCACAAUCUUCCACCACUGCGAUCGUCGUUUUCACUACCUUGAGAACUUCACAUGCCCAUGGAGUGAUUUGGGCACUGUUUAUCAGGACACUGAGUACUCUACCCGCUGCCGAGAAAUUGCCAAUGUGGCAGUUCCUGCGAGUUUCUUGGCCGACAGGGGAUCUUGGAGCUUCUCUCUCUUGGAAAGUGUUCUGAAAGAAGGGUUUCAGGUGAAGCUGAAGUUGAAGUUCGACGAGAAAGCGUGUCAGAAAUGUUCGUCUUCCGGCGGAACCUGCAACUUUGGUAGCGACGGCGGCGUUCAGGUCUGCUGCAGAAAUUCAUCGCUCGGAUUCAGAUGCAAUCCGACAGGUUCAGAUGAGGGUGAGUUUCUGAUCAUGUUUGCCGUAUUAUUUCCUUAG